GUAUAAAACAAAUGUCGCAAAAUAAAUAACGUGUCUCGGAAUUACGUAAAUAAUGUUAUUAAAAAUUAUAAAUACUGGAAUAAAGUUUGUGUAAAAUGUUGUCAAAAAAUAUACUAUGUUAUUUAAUUAAUAAAAAAACACCAGGAUUAUUUCAUUCAUUCAACUCACUUCAUUCUUCAAGAACUUUCAACUAUGCACUCAAACAACCUUACCCCAUAUUAGGUUCUCAAAAUAAUUUUACAAAUUUAUUAAAUAACAUUGUUGAAAAACAACUGUCUCUUUCUCCUAAUUCUGAUGUCAAACAAUAUCUGAAAGACAAUGCUGGCCAUUAUCGAUCUACUUUUGUAACUUUGAUGGAUAUUUUUCAAAUAGACAAGAAGACAGCAAGAUCGAUUAUAAGCGAAAACCAAAUGCUUGGUGAUGUUCCAAAGAAAAGAUUAAUUCAUAACUAUAACAAAUUGAAAAAUGCUGGUAUAAGUAAUCAGUUGAUACAAGAUAAUGUUUUAUUAUUAAUGGAGGAUUCAAAUAUCUUUGAUAAAAAGCUUGAAAAUACAAAAAAAAUUGUGAAUAAUAUCAGUGAUGGUAUAUGUUUUAUGUACUGUGACAUCAGUAGUUUAGAUCUUUAUCUUAAGCAAAGUACUAAGCGAUUUCCUUCUGCUCUUAGUGAAUUGGAGUUCUUUCAAGAACAAUUGAAGAUUGACACUAGACAAACAAGUUUACUUAUUUUAAAAUAUUUAAAUUUUAUAACAUAUCAUCCACAUAAUACUUUAAAAAAGUUAAAACUGCUACUUGAUUAUAAAGUAUCUAUAAAUAGCCUCAUAUACAAUAAUUGGCCGGUCUAUUUGCCGUAUGCUAGAUUGAAAUCUCAAUUAGAAUUAUAUUCUAGAAAUGGUUUAUCUCUGCCAAUACAGCCAUCAAUUUUUGACUGUGAUAAUAAGGAUUUUAAAAAAUUGGUUGAUGCACAGUUAAGAAAAACAGAAAACAAUUAUAACAAAUCUGAAAUGAUUAAGUUUUUAAGUCAAAAAUCUGGUUAUAAUAAGGCUUUAAUUGAGGAUAGAAUACCUCAGAAUGUAUUUAACAGUUUAUCCAGUCUGAAGAAUCUAACUACCAAAAUAGAAAUUUUGUUAAAAGAAGGCUAUGAAUAUCAUGAUAUAAUUUGGUCAUGCAAUGUACUAGCCCUCCCUGAUAGUUUGAUUACAAAUCGACUUUCGAUCUUAAAGAAAUUAAAUCAUUGUCAUCCAAAUUUAGAUAUUUUGUUAUUGUCACAAGGACGUUUUUCCAUGCAUGUAAAUAAUAUUCAAAGAUUAGCAAAUAAAUCUAAAUAA